AUGCGUGAAAUCACACCCUGCCAACACCGCCCACCCCCACGCGGGGCAGAGGAAGCGGGGGAGGAGCCCGAGCUGACCAUCACGGGCCUUGGCACCGAAUGGCCGUCGCAGAUCGUCACUUCCGACGAUUUCCGCCAGUACCUCCUCCGCCAUUAUCCCGCAGACGCAGCGUGGGUUCAAACGCUCCUCAAAAUCAACACCCGCAGCGGGAUCGGCUCCCGCCCACUGAUCGCCUUCAACCCCAACCCCAACCCCGACGGGUACGCGCCCGAGAACCAGUCCACGCCGCCAACCGCGCAACAAGUCUCCUCCGAAUUCCACCGCCACGGCGUCCCGCUCGCCGUCCGCGCCGCCCGCGCCGCCCUAACCGACAGCCACCUCCCGGCGUCGGCCAUCACGCACACCGUCGCCGUGACCGUCACCAAUGCAGGAGCCCCGGGCUACGACCAGGCCGUGUUCCGGGCGGUGGGGAUUUCCUUAGAAGCGGAACGCGUGCUGCUCAGCGGGAUCGGCUGCGCCGGGGGACUUGCAGCCCUGCGAGUGGGCAGCUCGCUUGCACGGGCGGCUACCCUGCAAAAAAAGGCCCGCGAGGGUGUUGGUGCUUGCGUGGGGUUGGGGGAUGGGGAGGAUAUUAGUAUUGGGCCGGCGUUGUUUAGUGAUGGUGCUGCCGCGCUGGUGCUGUGUAAUGCGCUUGCGCUCACGGAGGAAAUUCCGAGACGGCUUGCGGUGGUGGAUUAUCGAACGAGGAUUACGCCGGAAACGCAUGAGGCUAUGUCCUACCGGACUACGGAGUUUGGAUUUCGGCUGACGCUGGCGCGCAAGGUUCCGGCGCUGGCGGUUGCGUCCUUGCCGGGGUUGUUUGGGGAGUUGAUGCGGGCGAAUGGGAUGGCGUCGGUUGCUCCAGGGGAGUUGGAGUGGGCGGUUCAUCCCGGGGGGUUGACGGUUCUAAGGGGCGCGCAGCUGGCGCUGGGGUUGUCGGAUGAGGCGAUCCGGGCGAGUCGCGAGGUUUAUGAGUCGAGAGGGAAUAGUUCGAGUGUGGCGGUGUUGGCGGUGUUGGAUCGGUUGAGGGGGUGGGAGGGGCAGAGCGCGAGGAAAGAGGUGGUGGCGGUCAGUUUUGGGCCUGGCUUGACGACCGAGAUGGUUUUGUUGAGGCGGUUGGUGUAGUCCUUUUGGGGGUUGUUGUUAACAGUGAGUGGAGAGUACAUUGUUACAAUGAGAAUAUAUUCUAGUGGCG